UUAAUUUUACAAAUUCUUUUCUUCAACAACAAAAUCAAAAUUAUUUCAUCGAAAUUUUAAUUCCAAAAUUAUUUCAAAAGAAAACAAAUUUAGAUUUGAAUUCAAAUGAAAUUUUUCUCAAAGAAAAUCUAACAAAUCUUCCAUUAACAAUUCUUCAAUUAUUUAUUUCAACUUCAUCUUCAUCUUCAUCUUUUCCUUCUCUCUUUAAUAUUUCAAUGAACUCAACAACAUUAUCUUCAACUGAAUUAAAUUCGUAUUUUUAUUUAAAACAAAUUAAUGAUGAUAAUGAACAAAAGUCAUUUGAAUUAAUUCUUAAAAAAUCAUUUGAUUAUGAAAUUAUCAAAUUAAUUCAUUUAGAUUUUAUUUUAAAUCAAAAUAAUUUUACGAGAAAAUCUUUAACAAUUUUUAUUGAAAAUAUUAAUGAUUGUCAACCGACUUUUAAUCAAACCAAAUUUCGUUUUCAAAUCAAAGAAAAUUUUCAUUUUCCUUUUCUUCUUUAUUCUUUUCAAGCUCAAGAUCAAGAUGAUCUAAAUAAUAUUCAGUAUUAUUUAAAAACCAAAGAUGAAAAUACAUUUUCAAUAAAUUCAACAAAUGGACAAUUUUCAGUAUUAAAAUCAUUUGAUCGAGAAAUCAAAUCAAAUUAUUCAUUAUUUAUUUGUGCAUUUGAUCAAAUCUAUGAAACAUGUUCAUCGAUGUUUAUUGACAUUCUCGAUGAAAAUGAUAAUAUUUGUCAAUUUAAUUCUUCAUCAAUCACAUUGACAAUCAAUGAAAAUCUUCCUCAAAAUACAUUUUUAAUUCAAAUUCAAGCAUUUGAUCUAGAUUUAAAUGAAUUUGGAAAAUUAUUUUAUUCAUUUUCAUCAAACACAACUUAUUUAAAGAUCAAUUCAACAAAUGGAAUUAUUCAAACUACAAAUCAUUUAUUUGAUUAUGAAGUAAUUCAAAAAUAUUCAAUUUUAAUUAAAUCUUGUGAUAAUAUCAACUCACUUCCAUCUUUAUGUUGUUAUUUACAAUUAAAUAUUAAUUUAAUUGAUCUAAAUGAUAAUUUACCUUAUUUAAUUUAUCCUUCAUCAUCAUCAUCAACUGAUGAUUUAUUUAUUAUUAAUUAUACAAAUAGAAUAAUGCCACGUUUAAAAGCAUUUGAUAAUGAUAUUGUAUUGAAAAAUCGUUUCAUUUUUUAUUUUAUUAUUGGUGGAUCACUGAAUUCAUCAAUCACCAUUGAUUAUUAUUCGGGACAAUUAAAUCUUCUCGAAUCAAAAUCAAAUCAACUUCCUAUUUAUGGGACACUGAUCAUUUCUAUUUCAUCACAAACGAAUAUUUCAUUAACUAUUCUUAUUCAUGAUUAUCAUACUGAUCCACAAACAUUUAUUAUGUCAUUAAAACAACAACAACAACGAGAGCAAUCAUCAUCAUCAUUAUCUUCAAUUCUAUCUCCAUUAUUUUAUUUUAUUUCUUCGAUUUCUCUUAGUAUUUUUAUUUUAUUAUUCAUUUUUCUUACUUUUUUCUAUUUUUAUUUGAAACAAAAAUCAAAACAACAAAAUAACUCAUUAAUUAAUACACCAUCAACAACAACACUUUCUGCUCGAUCAUUAUCAACAAAUAAAAAAAUCUAUGAAACAUAUUAUUCAUUUGGAGAUACUGUUCAUCAAGAUAUUAUUCAUCUAUGA